GCUCGCCGGGAGUUGUAGUUUACCUCUUGCGCUUUGCAUGUUUCUGCUGCUGCGCUUUGCUGGAUUUACGGACGCAGAUACUUCCGGAACAGUGACUGUACAUAUAUCGACAGAGAAACAAACAAUACCGGCCGGGAACUGCUAGCAAGAUGGUAAAUACCUCUACAAGUGUAACCACUAACCGCAUUGCUCGGGGAGGGGGAUGAUAAUUCGAAUUAUGUUUUUAUAUUUCGAUUUCUGUAAACUAUUUGAGGCCAUAUUAAUAGAUCUAAGGGGUCAGGGCUAAUUGCUAGGUGUGAAUUAUCCGGAAUUUAAAGUCCAUUUAAAUUGAAUUUCACGUUUUAGACCAAGAUAUCCAAACUGGAGAAACCAUCUAAAUAAGCAAUGUUUACAAUUUGGCUCAUAAUACCUAAAAUGUAAUAUUUACUUUGCUGUCACUUUUAAUUCCCAACAUUUCGCACCUUAGUGAAUAGCCGCUUUAGUGACAGACCUGUGAUAAGGCCAUAGUGUUAUGGUAUUCAUUUUGAUAUAUUUUACACCUGAACCAGUUGGAUGGAAUUAAUCAUUUCUCAACAUUCUGUUUUUCUCUUUCAGUUUUCCUUUAACAUGUUUGACCACCCAAUACCGCGGGUUUUCCAGAACCGCUUCUCCACGCAAUACCGCUGCUAUUCUGUGUCUAUGCUGGCCGGCCCUAAUGACCGCUCGGAUGUUGAGAAAGGAGGAAAGAGUAUGAUGAGUUUCAUUAAUUAGAGUUCUAGUCAAGUUACAUUCUAGUGGUGGAAUCUGUGGCACUAUGUAAGAUGCCAUAGCUUUCUGAAACUGUCAUUUAUGCAUCCUGUCAGUUUGUGUUCUAAUAACUAACUUUUGUUUUUUGUUUUUGUUUUUUAGUCAUCAUGCCUCCAUCUGCUUUGGAUCAGCUCAGUAAGUUCUGUUUAUAUCAUAUUGUAAUGUGGUCUGUGAAAUACAUACUCCUUUUUUACAAGGGAACAGCAUAAACAAAGUAUAGCAUUUUUUGCCCCCCCUUUCUAAUAUGUGUUAGCAGUGGGUGGCACACACUGGUUCAAGACCCUUUAUACAAACGUAUCCCCUGUCAUCCUGUCCAGUAGUUCUCAGAUCAUAGAUCAGGAGUCCUCAAAAACUCAAUACAAUAGUGGUAGAUACAAGGUAGAAGGAAAAUGUAGAUAAAACAUCAACACUGAUUAUGCUUUUUCAUUCUUCAAAAUGUCAAAGCAUCAUAUAAGUCAUAGCUCAAAAUCUUGAUUUACCUUUUGGGCAUUGCAUUAAUGGACUGUGUUUAUCUCUUUCCAACACAAUGCACUCGUGCAGCACCCAUCUUGUACAUCUCUCACUGAUUUUUCAGUCUACUAAGUAACUUUUUCUGUUUGUCUGUUGGUCUUGUGCUUUCAUAGUACCAUUUUAAUCCUCCCCACAUUACUUAACCCCUUAAGGACCAAACAUCUGGAAUAAAAGGGAAUCAUGACAUGUCAUGUGUCCUUAAGGGGUUAAAGGGAUACUAUAGGCAUCACAACAACUUUAGCUUGAUAAAGCAGUUUUGGUGUACAGAUCAUGCCCCUACAGUAUCAGUUCUCCAUUUAGAAAUUUAAUCACUUUGUUUAUGCAGAUGUAGACACACCUCCACUGAAUGAGUGUGUCUGUUUAGGCGAUGGGCACCCUCCAAUCAUAUGAGAAAUGUGUUUUUAUUCACCGUUUUUCCAACGUCGUGCCAGUCUCGCCGUGGCUGGCCCUUCCUCCAUGGCUGAGUUAUUCAUUCUUGAUGAUCUCAGCCAAUCCAGUACUUCUCAUAGGAAAAAAUCGGGAGGUUGUUACACAUGCGUAGAAAAACACUGCGUUGUACCAAUCAGCAAUUCGGCACCUCCAUGCAGAGCGUGUGUAGCACUGGACUAAGAAGCACCUCUAGUGGCCAUCUGAGUGAGGUGUUACUAGACAGCAAUGCAAACCCGAAAUGCAGUGUUUACAUUGAAAAGCCUGCAGGCACAAGCUAUAGACACCAGAACCACUACAUUAAGCUGUAGUGGUUCUAGUGACUAUACUGUCCUUUUAAGAAGUGUAUUUUUUGUCAUUGAAAAUAAAGCUUUGUUAGUUUAAAAAACAAACAAAACAAAAACACAAUCUGGCUCCUAACUUUUAUUAGCUGGCUGCUAGAUUCUAGAUAAAUUUGUAAAUUAGUCAAGCUCUGUUCUAAAGGGAGGUGUAACUAGGGCUGUAUGAACCGAAACAAAAGUCAUUUAAUGCCUAAAUGGUAGUGAGUUGAGGGGCAUAAUCUAUACACAAAAACUGCUUCAUUAAACUAAAGUUGUUUUGAUGCCUAUAAUAUCCCUUUAACAUUUGUGACCCUCCUGUAUUAGGUUUGCAUUACUUUCGGUCUCCCUAACUAUUACUGUGUUUUCUGUUCUAGGUAGAUAACCUUUCCAUCAUCUUCAUUAGGUUUAUCAUUAUUGAUCUUAAAAGAGCUUUAAGGGACACUUUUUAGGCACCUAGACCACUUCAGAAGUGGUCUGGGUGCUGUGUCCAUUUUGCACUUAGUGCUGCAAUGUAAAACAUUGCAGUUCCAGAGAACUGCAAUGUUUACAUUGCAGCUCUAAGUCUGCCCUCAGUGGCUGUCUACCAGACAGCCACUAGAAGGCUUCCAGAAUCCAAACGGAACUUUGGUCCGGUAUCUGACGCUGGACAUCCUCACGCUCUGCAUAAUGACCUCUAGAGUCAGAUUUUUUUUCCCCAUAGAAAAGCAUUGAAUAAUACUUUCCUAUAGGGCAAUCCUAAUGCGAGCAGGACCAUUGCCGUGCAUGUACAUUAGAUCUCCCCCACCGGCUGAUGCCUGACCCUGUGCCGAGGGACAUUGGCGCUGGAUUAAGGUAAGUGACUGAAGGGGUUUUCACCUCUUCAGCCCCGCGGGAGGGGGGCCGCAAGAGAGGGGGUGCACUGUAGGGACCUAGAGUGCCAGGAAGUUUGCUCUGUUUUCCUGGCACUAUAGUAUCCCUUUAAUAUUUAAAGUCCUAUGUUUCAAGCUAGGCCUUAAAAUUUGCUCGGCACUGCAAGCCUAAAUAAAACAUGGCACACUCACUAAAGGUGAUUACUUGCCAGGGCAAAAUUUUCAGUCACCAAUGACUAGUGGCGAAUAGAAAUUUUAAGCCCUGAUCUAAUGAAUUGUGAUUUAGUGAAAGGGGACCUGUCAUUCCCUAAAUAACAUAUGCUCAUUAUAUUGAGCAUACAAUUCUAUCUAUACGUUGUUCUAGCAGUUUGCUAGCAAAUGCAUAGAUCAGGAGAAAAAAAAAAGUUUUAAAAUAGGAGAUACUUCUACUCUCCCAAGCAUUGCAACCACGAUGCAUGUGCUGCAGUUGCUAUGGGAACAUACUGGCCGGUGCUUUUAGCGUUGGCUAGGGAGUAUAGAAACGGAGCAAUGGAACUCUGUUCCAACAGCAGCAUGCUGGCAACAAAGCCGAUGUCACUGAGGAAGUUUGCCCUGCUUGGGGAUGCAUUCCCAAGCAGUGCAAAUCACGGAAGAUAGCAGGCGGAAAGGAGUACAGCCCAGGGGUGGGUGUUGCACAAAGAGUAACACUCACAACGUGGCAAUGGAAUGGAGGAGAGGUUAAUAAAUCUCUAUAUUUUACAUUGAAUACAUCAUGUAUCUUUGUAUCAAUGUAUAUGGGAGUAUUUAAGGUAACUUAAAAUUUUUACAACCAGUUCACUUUAAUCACUGGAAGAUAGUGUGGACACUGGUUCCUCGCCCCCUCUCCCCACCCUACACAAUUAACAAUGUGGAAAAUAUUAUGUGAUUCACUAACUAAUAGUGAUAUAGAACCCAGCUACAAACAUUUUAACCUGCCUCCUAAGUACCAGUAAAUUCUGCCAAGCCCUGAGCCAGCCCCUCUUUUGCCAAUCCACCCACUUUCUACUUAAGAAUUUAGAAGUUUGUGAAAUUUUGCCUGCAUUUGUUUCAUCAUUUUGUGCAUUUUCCUUAUAAUGUUGCACCAAUGACUGCUGUUACAUGUUAGUCGUGUGCAUCACACACUUGACCACAAGCAUAGCUGUGCAAGAAAUCUGAGGCAGAGGUUUUUUAUUUUUAUUUUUUAAUGGGUUUGCCUUGCAGGCAAGUUAAGGGGAACAAAAAGUUGGGAUGGAGAAGAAAAUAUUUACUAUAGUGGGAAUGCUAUUGGUGGUAUAGGCUGAUGAGAAGUAACUGUGGAAUUGUAGAAUGCUAGUUUUUUGUUAGCUGGGUAUGGUUUUUGCUACUUCGUGCAAAACAUGUUUGUUUAUGGUAACAUAUCUUUAGAGGAACACUUGGGCACUAGCUGAGCUAAGCAGGGCUGCUCUCAUUAGCUGGGAGAAUCUGCUGAUGCCGUCAGCCAGUGAUAAUGGUCUUGCUUAGCUUAAUGGAGCUAACAGGAUUCUCAUGGACGCACGUGCCCAGGGAGACCCUGAUAAGUUUUCAAAAAUGGUUUAAUGGAAAGCUACAGAUUUAGGAAUACAAACCUAUAUUCCUAACACUAUUAUUUAUUUAUUAUUGGUAUUCAUAAAGCGCCAACAUAUUCCGCAGCGCUGUACAAAUAGUGGAAAACAUACAAUAUACACAGACAAAUACAAAAGUUAGAGAGAGCCCUGCCCGUGAGCUGAGAUCUAGCCAUUUAAGCUCUUUUAUAAAAAGUGCAUAGCUAGAUAGCCCAUGAGCUUACAAUCUAAAGCCCUAUAGUGUUCUCUCCUUUAUUAGAUUAGAUCGUUAAAUCUAAAUAAAGAGUGUAACUUACCAUUUGCCCAGCGCCGAGAUAGAAUCUCUGUCUCCAAUGAUGUCACUUCGACGCUUCUAAACGUCCUGUUCAGUGCUCCUCUUAGAGGCCUGGCUAGUAGCAUACAAAUGUGAGUUGUUGUUUGUUUGUUUGUUUGUUUUUGACUCCUGAAUAUAUUUCAGAACAAUGUUGUGUAUUUUCUGUUCUGACAGAAUAAAGAUUUAUAAAUCAUUUUAAUUAUGUAUCUAUCUUUCAUUUAUAAAAAAAAAUUUCUCCCUGUAGGCCGAUUGAACAUCACAUACCCAAUGCUUUUCAAACUCACCAAUAAAAAUUCAGAUCGUAUGACGCACUGCGGAGUUCUUGAGUUUGUUGCAGAUGAAGGGAUAUGCUACCUGCCACACUGGGUAAGUGGGAUAUACAGACCAGUUUAUAGCAUAACACCUGCAAACACCUGUGUGUCCAAAAGGCUCUUAUUAGCCACUUCACUAUUUAUAAAACUAAAGAAAAAUUUAAUUGUUGCCUCUCUCAGAGUAACGAGGGUCACAAUGUUUUUUGUGCUUCAAGCAAACUGACUAUUAACAGUUAAAGACUCCAUAUCAGUACGACAAUCUAGGACAGGAGUCUCAAAGUAUUUUUGGCCACCUAUAUGUGUUGAGGUGUGUCUCUCUGUGUAUAGAAUUAUGGCCUUUUGGUGGUACAGAUUUGUGGACACCACUAGAGAAGGCAGUGUAACCAGUGGCCCAAGGACUUUGACACUUCUAGCCUUGAACUUAUGUACUGAUGAUAUAAAGUCAAAAAAGACCAUCAAGCUUUUUUUAUUUUUUUUUAUUUUUUUUUUAAGUUUAUUUUUAUUUAACUUCUGAGUCACACAGGAGCCUGGUAAAGCCUCAACUGUUUCCUUAAUAACUGCUGUGUAGCCAAAACAUUUUCGUGUGUGACAUUGUAAAACAAAAUCGCAAUCGGCUCAAAAUUCCAAGAUCCAAGGGUCUUUUCCAGGGGACUAAAAUGGUAGCCUGGUCUACUUGUCUGUCAUGACAAUCUAUGUGACAUGACUCACAAAAUUAUUUCAGAUUGGGAAACCUGCCUAGCUUUGUUCAGGUGAUUCACCAGUUUCAGAAUUUUCACAAAUUAAAUCCAAAUGCAAAAACUAUAGCGCCGCUAUAGUCACUAAAUUUUGCUCAGUUUGAAAAUUUGGAGUUUAGUGAAUAACCAUGAGUGUCUCUCUCUUCUUCCCUCACAUUCUGUUUGAUUGUGUAUGUGCACGGCGCCCGAAUCAUUUCAAUUAUAUUACGUGGAUAUAGUGCCUAGAGUAUACCUGUAAUAUGAACAUAUAAACUGGUAUCUUAACAAUUCUAGUGUUUGAAUUCUGUUUUAUCCACUUCCUUUAUGCUGCCUAUUUUGGAGUAUAUUUUUUAAUAUUGACAAUUGAAAUGAUAAAAUAACAUUGAUCCUUACAGAUGAUGCAAAACUUACUGCUGGAAGAAGGUGGGCUUGUACAAGUAGAAAGUGUCAACUUGCAAGUGGCCACAUACUCCAAAUUCCAGCCACAGAGUCCUGACUUCCUGGACAUCACCAAUCCGAAAGCAGUGUAUCCUUUCAAUAUCUGUUCUUGGGUAUUAGAUGGUAGAUAUAAUUUGUAUAAUAUACCACAGUAAAACGGUAUAUUAUACAAAUUUAUAUUUUCUAUAUCUUUAGAUUGGUCAUUGAAUAUCAUAUUACUUGAGAAUGCAUUUCCAGUACUUGAGUUUGAAGAUAAUGUUAAUGUACUUUAUCUCAGAGCCAAACCGUAUUGUCCUAUGAAACAUGUUUAUUUUCCUUAAUGUCAUGGUAAAGAUUAGAGAAUGCAUUGAGGAACUUUGCCUGUCUCACAACCGGGGAUGUCAUUGCUAUUAACUACAAUGAAAAGGUAAAUAAGAUUAAUUGUGUCGUUGAUGUGUUCACUACACUAUGAACAAAAUGUACACUAACUAGCCCGUUUGAACUAAAUCUCCAAAUAAGAAUUUGUGACCUUUUCCAUCUCUGCUAUUUUGGCUUACAUUUUGCAGUUAGUCCACUAACCACAUAUUGAAAGUGAAGUACGUGUCAGACAUAACAGUAUAACAAAUAUCAUAACGUGCACAAUGAAAGCAAAAUCAAAUGAUUAUGGGGUUGUGUAAUACACAAUAUAAUUCUGUGACCCUAUGUCCUGCAAAGGAAAACAAUAAGGUACGAUAAAUGAUGUGCAGGACCAUAUAGCUUUUAAUUUUAUUCUUAAAUUGAAAUGUUAAUCUAUGGCUAGCAAGUCGGGUAUAAAGAUCAGACACCAACAUCUACCUUGCUGGAAGACAGUAAAUGUAACUUAGAGUGGGGAAUGGGUAAGAAACCCAUAUCUAUAAAAGGGUCCAGGAGUAUCCCUGUGAAUGUAAAAAGUAAGGUGAUUAAAAAGUGAAACAUUAGCAAGCGCUGUGGAUGAGAAGGAAGGUUGUUGUGCAGCUGGAUCUAAAAUGUGAAUUUUGGGUCUCUUUUAAUCUUGCCUUUUAGUCUGUUGCAAGGAGCACAAUGCAUGUUAUGGGUCACUAUGAUCUGAACACAGGCUGAGUUGAUUUAGAAUUAAAGCAAUCUCACAGAUUUGGCACAAACAUCAAAGUACUAUUCUCAAACCGAUAUGGAGACUUGUUAUGAGCAACAGACUUAAAAGGUAUUUCUGUCUUGGACCAUUGUGAAAGCGAAUAAUAACAUCACUUGUCUUGGCUUAGCAAUACAAUUUUAGCCAUCAGAAGACAUUGAUUUUGUCUGCUUGGCAGAAAAUAAUUGAGAAAGUAGCCUCCUAAAAAAUGAGGUAAUUCAACCACCUCUAUAGCAUCAGACAGGUUAAAACCUUAAAAUUCUUCCAUCUUCAAUCUUCAUCUACCUUCAGUAGUAGUGGCCAGUUCUGCAUUGUGUAAACUUGAUAAAGAGAUCCCCUUUAUCUCUUCCAGGAAUUGGCCAAUAUCAGCCGCAAUAGUGCAACGUAAAAUCUCCAGGAGGCUCUUUAAAGUCCCCAUGGUCAUAGAGGGUGUUUUAGCAGCCAUAUGAAGUAGACAGGUAUGCCUUGUCUCUAGUGGUAGUACAGUCUCAUCAUUGACAGAGACUUUUAUAGAAAACCACGAGAGCCGCUCAAACAGCAAUGCCAUGAAAAAAUUCAGAGAUCUUUGCAGUCUUCUGAGAAGAUCGCCAAUAUCAGCGAUACGAAGCAGUUCAUCCGCUUUAUACUUUUUGCUCUGACCCCCCCCCCCAUAGCAGGAGAAUAGUGUCCCCAUGAAAAAUGGCAGGCGGUAUUAACAAUACUCAGUAAUUGCUUGGAAAGCCAAAGCUGAUAUGGGGCUGUGAAGAUACAUAUCCUCCUAGGAUGGCCUCUGGCUCUGCCGUCCUACUACUUGCUUCAGCGAAUUAAGACACUUUGAAAUGUUUAUUAAUCCCAGGAUUUUUGCCAAAUGAUGACAAUAUUGUGAAAGAUCCUAGUUUAAACUUAGAGUUUACAAUAUGUUUCAGCUCCUCAUUACUUGCUAAGCAUUAAAGUGGUAUUUUGUUACAGUCUAAGAAAUGCUUUUGAUAAUGAAGUAGGUAGAGCUGUAAUUCAGUCUGCUUUGUAAUGCUCUUCUAUCUACUUACAGAUUUAUGAGUUGCGAGUCAUGGAGACCAAACCUGACAAAGCAGUGUCUAUUAUUGAGUGCGACAUGAACGUGAGUGCUAAUAGAUCAAUAAAAUAUCCUUUUCAGUAUAAAACAAAAAACAAAGAAAAAGUAUUUUUUAAUAACAGCUUACCUAAAGCUUAACUUAUCUUUUAUUACAAGUGAAAAUUAACAUUUAUUAGUAUGUGUAUAUACUAUGUGCAUAAAUGAUGCCAAAUAAUUUUUUAUUUUUUUUUAAUAUAUAUAUAUAUAUAUAUAUAUAUAUAUAUAUAUAUAUAUAUAUAUAUAUAUAUAUAUAUAUAUAUAUAUAUAUAUAUUGGACUAACAUAAUAUUUAAAAGACAUGCUUUUGAGAAUAUUCCUCUCUUCCUCCUGUUAUAAUAAAUAUAUAAAUGUGUAUGUAUGUCUGUGUAAUAUAUGUAAAUGAAACCAAGAUGGCUAGGGCUGCACUCACCUGAACAUGCAUACAUUAUAGGGUACUGCUGGGGCCAAUAUAUACAAAAUACACAUUCCAGCACACACUUGCUUAUUCACUAAUCAAUGGUGCGGUGUUUUUAAAGAAAACUGUUACAAUCUGUGAGAUUUGAAAACAUUAUUUAGUAAAUAAGCGAGUGCGCUGGAUUGUGUAUUUUGUAUGAUAUUAUAUAUAUAUAUAUAUAUAUAUAUAUAUAUAUAUAUAUAUAUAUAUAUGUGUGUAUGUAUAUAUAUAUAUAUAUAUAUGUAUGUAUAUGUGUGUGUGUCUAUCUGUCUUAUUUAUCUAAAUUUCAAGUACUAUGCUCCUAUCCAUGCUUUCAAACUUACUUGCCACUCUAAGCCUGGAGAGUUUUUGGCAAAAUAAAAAAUUUUUUAAGCUCUCCUUAAUUAGAAAUCUUGUUAAACUGUAACACAGGAUAAUCCCCAAACCAUAUAUAUAUAUAUCUCUAUAUCUAUAUCUCUAUCAAUGCUCAACAGGUUGGUGGAGUAACCACACAAUGCUCACAUAAAUUCAAACACCUUAUGCUUGAAAUUGAACCCAAAUAGAAAAAGUCUGAAAAUCCCAGAGCCUAAAAUUACACGCAGUUACUGCUUUUCAGAAUAAAACUGAAUCACAAUAAUCAUUACAGUAAAAGAUUUACAAAAACUAGUUUAAACUAACCAGCAUUAACAUUCCAUGGUUCAUAAAUCUGAAUGUCCCAAAAUCCUGAUAUUGAAGGUGUGAAACAUAAUGCUUUCUGCAAGCUUUUACUUAAUUUGGAAAUACGGUUAAAAGCACUUAUGCAUACAGGAUUAUUUACUAAAGGGAGAAUUCAAAGUGAAUUUCAAAUUUAAGGUCAAAAUAACCAAACUGGAAAAACAAAAUAUUCUCGCAUCCUCUUUGGCUUGUCUUUUGGUGUUCGGAGAGGCACUGGCUUACUGAGUUUUGAAAACUGGAAAUCUUCUAGGCGUGCAUUUCAGCCUAGCCACUCAUCAGCACAGUUGCAUGUUACGUGGAUAUAGAGACACAAAAUAGCCUAACACAUCUUGUAGAUCCCAGUCUGCUUCAUCAGAGGCAUUCUGUCCUGGUUUGCUACUAUUGUAACCCCUUAAGGACCAAACUUCUGGAAUAAAAGGGAAUCUUGACAUGUCACACAUGUCAUGUGUCCCUAAGGGGUUAAAUACCCUUCAAUUGUUCCUCACAUAUUGCUGAGAUCCCUCAAGCCAUUUAGCUAUAGCAUGAUAACUUAUACAAAAACAAGAAGCCUCUCCUUUACUUUGUGAUGGUGAGAAAGAUUACCCUCCCUGCUGUCUGACAGCUAUGAGGGUCCAACCCAAACAUUUUAUAAAAUCGAAUGUGCUCUAUGGGUCUCAUUAUUGUGAUAACGUAAAGGAUUAUGCUAGAUACUGUUAUUGUAAAAGCUGACUAUAACUUCUACAGGGCACAGAAUUUCAAGUACUAUGAUAAUAGAUAGGCCCAUAAAUUACACAACAUUGCGAGUAUGGAAGUACAUGGCGCACUCACCAGGGGUGGAAAAUGUACUCUCCAGGGCUGAAUUUUCACUUUCCAUUAGAUAAUGCGUAAGCGAAAACUUUGAGCAGUGCCUUCUAUGUAAAAUUUUUAAAACUGUUCAGACAAUUUUUGAUUGCAUGGAUGAAUUUUGGAAUUAACCCAAAAUUCUAUGUUUGUCGGUUGGUAGUUCUGGUACUUUGUCUAUUUACUUAAGCAGUAAGAUUCUGGUGGAAUAGAAACCCUAUGCACAUUUACAAUAGAUUUCAAAAAUAGUACUAUUUUGGUUUCAGAAAUAAAUUGUGCUGAGGAAAUGAUACAUUUUCUAUUUGGUUUUACUUUCACAGGUUGAAGUGUGCCCAAAUUUCAGUAUACAAUCUUAAUUUUUUUUAAAUUAAUUUUUUUGUGGCUUUCUCGUUUGUGUUCUGUAGGUGGAUUUUGAUGCCCCAUUGGGUUAUAAGGAGCCAGAGAGAAGCACGCAGCAGGAAGAACCAGCUGUAAGGACAAUCAGGAACUAUGGAUUAAUUUAGUAUUGGCAGCUGUUAUAGAAUUGUGUACAGACCUUUUUUCUUUUAAUGUGUUGCUGCAGCCCUUUGGAGGGGGACCUUUUCUGUGUAAUAUGCCCUACUGGGCACUAUGGAGUAGGUCCUUCCCCUUUGUUUACAUUAACCCCUUCAGGACCGAGGAUGGUUCAGGACCGUCAUUGGCAUUUUUGCGUUGCUGACCGGUGACGGUCCUGAACCGUCCUAACGGUCCAAUGUACUUACCCGAUCGCCGUUGUUCACCCGGCGGCGAUCGGUGUUGCUCCCGUUGUGGGGAGACUGCCUGCAGCCCAGACAGUCUCCCCAUGGCAGAUUAGGGCCCCUGUGUCCAUGUGCAGGGGGAUUGCCUGUGCGGACAGGCAGUCUCCCUGCUAGCGUAAAAUCAUAAAAAAAGUUAGUUAAUAAAAAAUAAAUUAUAUAUGUGUUUAUGUAAUAUAGACAUCUAGAAAUAUAUUUUUAUAUAUAUAUAUAUAUAUAUAUAUAUAUAUAUAUAAAAUAUGUCUAUAUAUAAUGUCAUACUAAGUGUAUUUUUAUAUUAAUAUAUGUAAAUAAAUACGAAAUAUGCAUAUGUCCAUAUACAAAAUUACAUAAAUAAUUAUAUAAAUAUGCAUAUAUAUAUAUAUUUAAAUUCUACAUGCGUAUUUAUGUAAUAAUUUUACAUAAUUAAGUAAUUUUAUUGAUUACAAUUUGAGGGACCUGCCUGACAACCCAGGCAGAAAAUCCAGAGAAUUUAAUUUGCUAGCACUAUAGUUUACCCUAUAACUUUCUAUGACACCCUAAAACCUGUACAUGGGGGGUACUGUUUUACUCGGGAGACUUCGCUGAACACAAAUAUUAGUGUUUCAAAACCGUAAAACAUAUCACAGCGAUGAUAUUGUCAGUGAAAGUGACUUUUCUUUGCAUUUUUCACACACAAACCGCACUUUUACUGAUGAUAUAGUUGUUGUGAUACGUUUUCCUGUUUUUAAACGCUAAUAUUUGUGUUCAGCAAAGUCUCCCGAGUAUAACAGUACCCCCCCAUGUACAGGUUUUAUAGCAUUUUUGUAAGUUACAGGGUCAAAUAUAUGAUUCAAAUAGUUUCACAUUGAAAAAGGCCAGGUUGGUUACGUUGCCUUUGAGAGCGUUUGGUAGCCCAGGAAUGAGAAUUACCCCCAUGAUGGCAUACCAUUUGCAAAAGAAGACAACCCAAAGUAUUGCAAAUGGGGUAUGUCCAGUCUUUUUUUAGUAGCCACUUAGUCACAAACACUGGCCAAAAUUAACGUUCAAUUUAGUUUUUUACUUUUUUCACACACAAAUAUGAAUGCUAACUUUGGUCAGUGUUUUCGACUAAGUGGCUACUAAAAAAAGACUGGACAUACCCCAUAUUGAAUAUCCUGGGUUGUCUACUUUAAAAAAAAAUAUGUACAUGUGGGGUGUUAUUCAGAGAUUUAUGACAGAUAAUAGUGUUACAAUGUCACUAUUGAUAAAUUUUUAAAAUGUAUGUUUUGAAACCGCAAUAUCCUACUUGUACCUAUAGCCCUAUAACUUGCAAAAAAAAAGCAGGUAAACAUUGGGUAUUUUUAUACUCAGGACAAAAUUUUUAAUCUAUUUAGCAGUUUUUUUCAUUCGCUUUUGUAGAUGAGUAAAAGAUUUUUCAAGUAAAAUUAAAAAAACAUGUUUUUUUUGUUUUUUUUUCAAUUUUUCAUCAUAUUUUUGGAAGAAAAUUUUUUAAAUUAAAUUACAUGAGAUUAUAUAAAUAAUGGUAUGUAAAGAAAGCCCCUUUUGUCCUGAAAAAAACAAUAUAUAAUUUGCAUAGGAACAGUAAAUGAGAGAGCGGAAAAUUACAGCUAAACACAAAUACCACAAAAGUGUAAAAAGAGGCCUGGUCGCAAAUGUACAACAUCGCAAAAUCAGUCCAGUCCUUAAGGGGUUAAAACCUCACAGAGAAGCUUGUGAUUGGACCAUUUUGCUGGCCUCGAAAGUAUGUGUGCAAUCUAAAGGCUAAAGAAGACAGAUGUAAAAUAUGCACAGACGUAGAGUUCUGAGCUGCCUAGGUCACAUGUGCUGGGGAUUCAACUAGCCCAUGCACACAAUUAAAAAAAACAAAACAAAAAAACAAACAUCUGUACAUGCAGUGUUUCAAGCAGAAACACUGCAAAUACAAACUUCUAUCACCUUGACCACUUCAAACCACUGAAGGGAUCAUGGUGGAUGGAGUAACCCUUUAAACAAAGAUCGUUAAUAAAAUGUAAACAAUCUUAUUAAAUAUUUACUGCAAGGAACUACAUUGAAUAACAAGAUAUCUAUAUAGUCAAACUUUGGUUACCUUAAUUUCUGUAGUCAGUGCUUUAAAAUCACAUAGAGCCUAAUACUCAAUACGUCUGUUAAAAUGCAAAUAAUGAGGUCUCUGCUAAACAUAUCAUCCCCAUAUACUUUAUUUCACCUAGACAUGGAACUUAUGUACGAAAGAAAAAAUAAAUCGUUAACUGAUUUAACUAAAGACAAGCAUGUUGUAGGAAACUAAAAUUGUAAAUCUCAUUAAAGCCAUCUCUCUCUUCCUUAGGACAUUGAACCAGAUCACAGUGACUAUGUAGCAGAUGUGGGGUUCAGGGUGAGUUCAAGUCGUGCAUUAUUUUAUUUAUGAUUUAUUUUUUUAUUUUUUUUAAACCGUAGUUUUCCCUGGAAAAACUCUAAUGCUGGGCUUGACUUUGAUGAUGUGAAGAACAUAAUUAGAGCUAGAUUUUAUUAAAUGAGAUCAAGAUAUGCCUGGUAAUUGGAUAGCAUUUUCAUAAUAUUCAGUUAUGAUAGAUAACUUUUAUAUUAUCUAUUAGAAUGUUUACGAUUUUUGUUUAAUAAUUUUUGUAUGUUUUUUUCUAUAUUCUUUCUGCAUUAUACUUACAAAAUUUGAAAAUUACCUCAGAUUUAGUUUCCUAGUGUCUGCCUUGUUCUGUUUGUAUCUUUAGCAGUUAAAUAAGUUUAAAUUGAAUGGAUCUCCAUCAUAUCUGUGGUGAUUGUCCAUAAUUAGGGUUUAAUCUUUAUUUUUGUGCAUGUAUGUAUUGAAUAUAUUUCCCUCUAGAUUAGAGGCAGUGCAACAAGAGGGAUAUCAUCAUUUCCUUCUGGUAAAAAAGGCAGGCAGAACUCUAUUUAAAAAAGUUAAGCCCCUCCUAAUCUUCCUCCUCUAGUACUAUAUACACCCCCAAUGCACAUUUACCCCAGUUGUCUGACCGCCUUCAGAGGAUAGGUAAGCUUCAUGUUUUGUUUUCCGGCUGCGGCCGUGGGGGGCUCUGCUUGUUCCGAAGGACCAGAUCUGCUCGUGGACCUGGCUCUUCCCUCCUUGAGCAUUGGAAUGCACACCGGCUGCCUGCGUUCAAUGCUUAAUUAACAUCUGCCCAGUCUGUGCCGGAAGUGGUGUGGGCAUGGGAGUACCUUCAGGACGAACGCUCAUACUGCUUGUGAUGCGUUUCAUCUAGGGAUGGCGGCCCUCUAUGCCCAUGGCAUGAAGACUAUUUAAGCCCCAGCCACAAAUACCUCUGGCACAUAACUUCUGAAGAUUCAGACACUUCAUCUGAUGAGGAUUUCACCUUCCCUGAUGAAUACUUGCAUAAACGUAUCAAGGAAGUUUCUCUUUUUAUGUAAGAAAAGGUAGGACAAAAACUCAAGAAGCCUCAAGAAACUCUGCUAGCUGUGCCCAACCAUGCAAUCUGACCAAGUUUAUAGUAAGCUCAAAGUUUUUAUUGCUCUACUUUGGUUUGUAUAUUUGUUUAAAUGGGUUUGGCUUUAUAAAAUAAAAAAAAAAGUCAAGUGAUACAUGUCUUUGUUUGCCACUUUUGCAGGCCUUCACUGGUUCUGGGAAUAGACUGGAUGGAAAGAAGAAAGGAAUUGAUCCUAGUCCUUCUCCACUAAAACCUGGAGAUAUACGAAGGUUAGUUUUAAAACUGUAAUAUAUAUAUAUAUAUGACAGUUUGUCUGAAAUCCUUAUAGGACUUUUGUUUUAAAAUUGCCCAUUUCCUCUAAAACCUAUUAUUACUUACUUUUAAACAUAAUUCUUUUAGAUUUUGUAUCAAUAACAAAAGAAGCAGGCAUACAGAAAAGAGGUUGAAUGGGGGUACAACAAAUAACAAUGCACAAUAUAUCAAAAGACAUACAAGCAUUACUUAAAGGCCCACUAUAGGCACCCAGACCACUUCAGCUUAAUGAAGUGGUCUGGGUGCCAGGUCCAGCUAGGGUUAACGCUUUUUUCUAUAAACAUAGCAGUUUCAGAGAAACUGCUAUGUUUAUGUUAGGGUUAAUCCAGCCUCUAGUGGCUGUCUCAUUGACAUCCGCUAGAGGCGCUUGCGUGCUUCUCACUGUGAUUUUCACAGUCAGAAGACGCCAGCGUCCAUAGGAAAGCAUUGUGAAUGCUUUCCUAUGAGACUGGCUGAAUGCGCGCGUGGCUCUUGCCGCACAUGUGCAUUCAGCCGAGGAGGAGGAGGAGAGCUCCCCGCCUGGCGCUGGAGAAAGAGGUAAGUUUAACCCCUUCCUCACCCUACAGCCCGGUGGGAGGGGGACCCUGAGGGUGGGGGAACCCUCAGGGCACUAUAGUGCCAGGAAAACGAGUAUGUUUUCCUGGCACUAUAGUGGUCCUUUAAUGUUACGUAUAAAGUAAUAUACUUAGUCUUCCCACAUCAGAUAUGUCUCUUAUUUAAACCUGGUGUCAAAAUAAACAUUAUAUUAAUCCCAAUGAUAUUUGAAUUUAUGAGGCAUCUUGGUAGAAGACAUCAGUUCAUAUAGUUUGUGUUUUUAAUUUUAUCAGAUAUUUAGGGUAAUGUCAAAUGUAUGGUAAGGUAUGUCUUUUUGCUGAUGAUACUAAGAUAUGUAACAGGGUUGAUGUUCCAGGAGGGAUAAGCCAAAUGACAAAUGAUUUAGGUAAACUAGAAAAAUGGUCAGAAUUGUGGCAACUGACAUUUAAUGUGGAUAAGUGCAAGAUAAUGCAUCUUGGACGUAAAAACCCAAGGGCAGAGUACAGAAUAUUUGAUAGAGUCCUAACCUCAACAUAUGAGGAAAGGGAUUUAGGGGUGAUUAUUUCUGUUGACUUAAAGGUAGGCAAACAAUGUAAUAGAGCAGCAGGAAAUGCUAGCAGAAUACUUGGUUGUAUAGGGAGAGGUAUUAGCAGUAGAAAGAGGGAAGUGCUCAUGCCAUUGUACAGAACACUGGUAAGACCUCACUUGGAGUAUUGUACACAGUACUGGAGACCGUAUCUUCAGAAGGAUAUUGAUACCUUAGAGAGGGUUCAGAGAAGGGCUACUAAACUGGUUCAUGGAUUGCGGGAUAAAACUUACCAGGAAAGGUUAAAGGAUCUUAACAUGUAUAGCUUGGAGGAAAGACGAGACAGGGGGGAUAUGAUAGAAACAUUUAAAUAUAUAAAGGGAAUCAACACAGUAAAGGAGGAGACUAUAUUUAAAAGAAGAAAAACUACCACAACAAGAGGACAUAGUCUUAAAUUAGAGGGACAAAGGUUUAAAAAUAAUAUCAGGAAGUAUUACUUUACUGAGAAGGUAGUGGAUGCAUGGAAUAGCCUUCCAGCUGAAGUGGUAGAGGUUAACACAGUAAAGGAGUUUAAGCAUGCGUGGGAUAGGCAUAAGGCUAUCCUAACUAUAAGAUAAGGCCAGGGACUAAUGAACAUAUUUAGAAAAUUGGGCAGACUAGAUGGGCCGAUUGGUUCUUAUCUGCCGUCACAUUCUAUGUUUCUAUGCAAGAUUUCCAUCUUGUGCUAUAAACCACGACACAUAGAAGAAUGUGUAUAAUUAAAGCUUUGAUAGCUGUUGGAUAAGUAAUCAGAAAAACGUCAAAUUAAAAAAAUAUAGCUGGUGAUUUCGGGACCAAGAGAUUAUAUACUGAUAGGAUGAGAUAUUGAAUCUAUGUCCACAUGUUCUAAAAAAUUUAACAAUCAUGCCAUGUAUGUAUUUGGUUGCUUUUCUGCUUUUUACAUCUGAAACAGUCAUGGGAUCGGGAUUGAAAACCAGUCUUUCUAUCCAGAGGAGUUCUCUUUUGUGGUCUUGGUUAAGAAAGUAAAUUGGUGAGGCUUACCUAAGCGAGACAGUGUUUAAUGCAGCCAUUACUAUACCAGCUUAUUUAAAUAACUCAUAGUGUUGGGCUACAUAGGACAUUUGGUACAACCUCUUGUCUCAAUGUGUUGCAUGUAAUUAAUAAGCUAACUGCUGCAGCUAUUGCUUAUGGAUUCAAUAAGAAGGUUGAAGCGAACCAUAUUAAAGGAUGCCAUUUUUGAAGUCAAGUCAACAGCAGGUGAAACUCACUUAGAGGGAGAAGAUUUCGAUAGCCAUAAGUUGGACAUUUUUUUAUUGGCAGAUUUCAAGAGGAGACACAGAAGGACAUCACUGAAAACAAUAGUGAUUUGCCUUUUCCUACAACGCCAACAAACAUGCUAAGCGUACUCUGUCACCAAUCACUCAGGCUAGCUUUGAAAUUGAUUCCCUUUAUGGAGAAAUUGACUUCUAAAUCUCCAUUGGGUGUCCAGUUUUGAAGUACUAAUUUCAAAUGUAUUUGUUUGAGAAUAAUUUUGUGCAAAAUGGCAAAUAGGAAUAUUAUAAAAUAAUAGAAGUGUGUAAGGUUAUUAGCAGAUCCUCCAAUAUUGUAACUGAUUAUAAAAUGUAGUCUUUUGGCUUAAGAAUAGCCCACUUCCAAUAUAUUUGACAUACUGUGUUUUCUUCAAUCAAUACAAUUAACAAUAGAAAUGAAAAAACGCUUAUUUUGUCCAUUCCUAAAAAUGUACAAAAAGUGUGUGUGUGUGUGUGUGUGUGUGUGUGUGUGUAAAAAUGUAUGCAGACUAAACAUAAAGCAGGAAUUCUCAAGAUUUUUUGCCUGGGAUAUUCUCAUCCAUACAGGUUGUACACUUCUUGCAUUCUGUCAUUAUUGACAGGUGAAAACAUCCUAAGCUCUACUUUAAGAGGCAUAUCUAAACUACGUCACAAUCUAUAGUUCAGUUUAUCGAAGUGAUAGGCCAUGUAUACAAAAGCUGACAUAUAACACAGUUAUGUAUCCCUCUGUGAUUAUACAUCUUUAGGAACAAGUAAAAGAAAAUGUCACCUUAAGCUUUCCAUUUAUAGUGACCUCUGAAUCACUUCAUUUCUUGUGCCAACAAAAUAAAUAUUUAAAAUAUACAUUUUAAUAGACCGUUUGACCUGGAUCCAUGUGCUUGUCUCCAGUCUAGGUCUAUGGAGGGGCUCCCUUCCUACUCACAAAUUAUUUAACAUGAUAGUGCUGGCGGCUCAUAUAGCCAUAGCGGCGGGGUGGUUGAGUGACAGAAUACCGACCUUCCAAGGAAUAAAAGUCAAAAUAGAGGACAACCGGUGGGUAGAUAAGCUCACAACGUUAAUCCGAAACUCUGAGCAGAUAUCAAAAGGUGUGGUUGACUUGGGAGCAUUAAGAGAUGUGCAAAGGAAAGGGGGACUUCCUGUGUCGGUGACUGAGCUUCUUCAUAAGCUGUGAAUAACUGUUUUGGUGUACUGAAAAACCUGUUAGGCAAGGAAAUAGUUUUUUGUAUUUUAUUUUAUUUAAUGUUUUUUGUGUAUCUGUUAUGUCAAGUAAAAUAGUCAAUUGUCUAAUGCGAUUCUACUGGCUGUGCUUUUGCUGCAUCUUGAAUAAAUAACGAUUUUGGCAUCUAAAUAGCAAAAAAGAACAAUUUAUGUACUAAAACUACAAAAAUAAUUUACAAGAAAUAGCAUAGCUCAAAAACAACAUUUACCCCACAUGGUUGUUGAGAUUGAUUUAAGAAUGUGAUAAUCCUCUCCUUUUUAUACAUUUGUAUGGUUUUGGCAACUAAAUAUUCUGCUGUUAAUGUCAUGUCUUACUGAUUGAUUUAUUUUUUUUCUCUUUAGAGGAAUUCCAAACUAUGAAUUUAAGAUUGGAACAAUCACUUUUAUAAGAAAUUCUCGCCCACAAGCAAAGAAAGUAGAAGAAGUAAGGGUCCCUUGUGAUGGCAAAACAAUACUGUCUAUAUCCCACUGCUUUAUAUGCCUAAUAUCAUGCAGAAAACCCAAAUCGUAGAAACUCUGGAUACAAAGUUAGAAAGCAAUGUAGUCUAGCCACUUUUCCAUAGUAUUCUUAAGUCUUUCUUAAAAAUAAUUAUCAGCAGCGAUCCUAUAUAUAAUAUACACUACAUGGACAAAAGUACUGUGACACCUGAUGAUUACACCAACAGGGACUUUUUUUAUGACAUUGCAUUCUAAAUACAUAGUCAUUAAUAUGUAGUUGAUGUUAUACUUGGUGAUAUGAGGCUUGCUUGCAUCUCUCAGCCAUGGAAACCCAUUCCAUGAAGCUCCAGUCACGCAGUUUUUGUGUUUGAUAUUAAUGCCAGUGGAAAUUUGGAACUCUUCAGCUAUGGAAUUAGUAGAGCGUUUGUUACAUUUACCCACAAUGCGCCUCGGCAUUUGGUGACUCUACUCUGUGACUUUAUGUGGUCGUCUGCUUUGUGGCUAAGUUGCCGCUGUUCCUGAACACUUCCACUUUACAAUGAUAUCACUUACAGUUGACUGUGGAAUAUCUAAGCGGGGAUGACAUUUCACAAACGCAAUAUCUUUGUCCAUAUGGUGUAAAUGUAAUGCUAACAUUAACAUAAGGUAAAACUGGUUUUUUUUUUUUGUUUGUUUUUUUAUAAAUUAGAUUUUAGAAAAUAAUGUGACAAGAAAUCAGUUACACUAUAGAUGAUUAUGUGGGAUUAGGAAGUUGAGAAAAGAUACUUCAUUUUUAAGGAUACAUCUACACCUAGUUUUGGAUUACAAAGUAUGCAUGAUCGUAAGACUCUUAAUUCAUUCUUUCUUUCUUUAAAGGAUGAAGCUGUCAACAGAUUUAUUGCUUUCUCUGGAGAAGGGCAGUCACUGAGAAAGAAAGGCAGAAAACCUUAGGUUACUGUAUGGACAGAAAAAUAAAAUAAGCUUGCAGCAUGUGUCUUUUAUGUCUUCAUCUGAGCAAUAAGAGAACAUUGUGAGCAACCCUUAUUGAAGAAGAGUGUAUACUGUGCAGUUGGGAAAUGUCAGUUUAUGACCUUGAGAAUCUGGAGUAGGAGCUCUCAUCCUUGUGUGUGAAAUGUUCUACUGAUGGGAUAAGUAAAAGAUAAUGCCAAGUGUGAAUACAUCUCUUAUAUUUGGCAGUACACCAGCUUUUCUUGUUCUGAGUAAUUACUGCCACACUGCCCAUGGGAGGAAAAAACAGAAAAUGUUUAUUCUAUAUAACAUUUACAGUAUACAGGGCUAUUAGUCAUUGUUGUUUCUUUCAACGCGAAACUCAUGAAGAACCAAAUUCAAUUUAAUGAGAUUUGAAUUAUUAUUUGUAAUUGGCAAUGCUUUAUAUACAUAAGAUGGCAGUAAUUAAAAUAUUACUGAAUGAUGUCUGAGAAAUGCCACACUUUUUCCCCAGUAGUAAAAUAUUGUAUUUGUACAAUAAACCAAACAAAAUUCCACAAAACUCCUGUUUCCAUCUGCAUGAUGUAAUGAGUAGCUAGGCCUGUUCUUGGGCAUUAAUAGUGGGGGUCCUGCCCUGCCCUUGCUUUUUUCUCCCAAGUCUUUUUCAGAACCUAUAGUGCUUGAGUGGAAAUAUGUACAGCUUCCCCGGUGAUCAGACCC